CGAGUAUUACACAUUGCGGCGCAGUCAAGUUUUUUCCUCCGACGAGAUGCAACGCGGCGCGACGCUCGCCGCCAUGGCCGCGCUGGUGCGACCCGCAUUGGCCGGCAACCAGAACGACCCGACGCAGCCGACCAAGUCGGGCCUCGGCACCUGGAUCGAUGCCCACACGCCGACCGACGCGUACACCAAGCUGAGCUCGCGCGGCGACACGUGGAACCUCGUCAUGAGCGACGAGUUCAACCUCGAUGGCCGCCAGUUUGCGUACGGCAACGACCACAUCUGGACGGCGCUCGACAUUCCCGAUGGCGUCAACCGCGCAAUGGAGCUCUACAGCUCCAAGAGCGUGUAUACCGAGGGCGGCUACUUGUACAACCGGGUCGACGAAGGCCCGGUGAACGUGAGCUUUUGGAACUCGUGGUCCGAGACGCCGGGCUACGAGAACAAGACGAUGCACUACACGGCCGGCAUGAUGCAGUCGUGGAACAAGUUUUGCAUCCAAGGCGGGUUUGUGCAAGUGCGCGCCAUGCUCCCGGGUGCGAUCAACAAGGAGUCGUUCAACCCGCAUAUUCUCGGCUACAAGUGGGCGCCGCCGCCCAUCAACAAGAUUCCGAUCAACGACAAGGACAAGAUCCCCGACAUUCGCUUCUACCCGACGUGGCCAGGUCUCUGGCUCAUGGGCAACCUCGGCCGCGCCCUCUUCGCAGCAUCGACCAACCGCAUGUGGCCGUGGACGUACGACGAGUGCGACGAGCGGUACGAGACCAACCAGCGCAUCUCGGCGUGCAACAAGAACCCGGGCUUUGGCCUCAACCCAAACCAAGGCCGCGGCGCACCCGAGAUCGAUAUCCUCGAAGGCGGCGGCACGGCAAUUUCGUCGUCGGUUCAAAUUGCACCGGGCAUGCCCGACGAGUACCGCCGCACCAAGCCGAUCCUCAAGCUUGAGAGCGUCACCAACGUCGACGCGCAAGGGCGCAAGGGCCAGGGCCACCUCUUUUGCUACUACGACAAGAACUGCCUCACACCCGGCGCCAACAUGGCCGACGUUCCAACGGCGACGUUCGCCUCGCGCGGCCACAAGUCGUGGUACCACGGCCUCCGGUACGCGGCCAACGACCGGUGCAACCCCGACCCGAAGCUUGUCCAGCAGUACGCGUCGGUGGCGGCUGCCCAGAACGGCACCAUCAUCGACAACCAAUUCGACAUCAAAACCAUUAGCUCGGGCCGUGAUUUGCACGCUGACUUGAGCUUGAUGGACGGGAAGGGCCCGCUGCACUGGGGCAUCAACUACAAGGGCACGUGCUUCCCGAUCUCGAACGGGUACAUUGGCGGGUUCCUCUGCGACCCGGACAAUAUGAACGACAAGUGCGAGAACCCGCGCAAGCCCGGCGUGCCCCUCACGCGCCAAAUGGAGACGUUUGCGUACCAAAUGGACGCGAUUUCGUCCAACUGGGACAUUUCGUUUGAGCACUACAAGAUGUUUUUCAACUACGAGAUCGAGUGGGUCAUGGGCGACGACGGCUACAUUCGCUGGACGCUCGACGACGCGCCGAUCUUUGAAAUUCCGGCGACGUCGAUGACCAACCCGCCCCAAGGCGGUGCGACCGUCAACCCCAAGAAGCUCAUGAUUGAGGAGCCGUCGUACAUCAUCUUCAACAUUGCCAUGGCGUCGGCGUGGGGUACGCGUUUGUGUUUGGAGAUUCGAAUGUGAAUCUCAAAACCAUUGUGUUUUGCAGGUGCGAUGCCACCGAACUACGAAGUCGGGCCGUGCCGCGGCAAUGCGACCAUGCCUGCCGACCCCAACGUCCGCCGCAUCACAGACAACAUUUGCGACUCGUUCCCGAUGUACAUGGUCAUUGACCACAUUCGCAUUUGGCAAGACACGUCCGUGGGGUCCAAGAUGAGCGUCGGCUGUGACCCGGCAAGCCACCCGACCAAAGAGUUCAUCAAGGCGCACAUCCUCAACUACACGGACCCGCUCAACAAGGACGUCGAGGUCGCAGGCAAAAACACCUGCAUCAACGACGACGACUGCUCGAUUGCCGGCGGGACACCGACGGGCCGCUGCAUCAAGGAGCGCUGCGAGUGCAUUACGCUCUGGGCCGGCCCCCGCUGCACCAAGUACACGCCGAACCUCAACAGCGACGAGAAGGAGGCGUCGUUUGGCCCCAAGGUUGUCUACCCCGCGUCGAUUCUCGGCGCCCUCAUCCUCAUUGUCGUGGCCACGACGAUCGUGCGUCGACGACGUCACGUGGCCGAAGUCGAAGCCGCGAAUGCAUUUGCGGAAAUGAAGAGCGCCAAGGCCGCGGCGAUGGCGGCCGAAACGGACGACGACGCGAGCAACAACGCUAGCAACAACCGCCGGUACUAUGGCCCGGCCGCCGCCCAACCGCGCAACCUCGCUUGAGCCCGCGCCGUACCGCAUACCGAGUUCGUUAUGCUUUCUGUGAAAUGGAAUUUUCCCUGCUUUUGUUUGUCA